AUGAAUUCGCCACCAAAACGCAGGAAAAGCAGCAAUGCUUCUGGUGGUGAUGCAGGCGCGUUGCCUCCUGAUGCAUUACUUGCGACGAAACCCUCACGCCGGCCUUCGUUCCAGUCACCAACAAGAUCCAGUCUCGCCAAAUCACACCCGGACGUCCUCGAGCGCGCACUCAGCAGGUCCCCAAGUCGGCGACCGGAAAGUCAAGGAAACCUGGGAGAAAAUGCAGGAUCAAACCCGGUCGGACUCCGAGGUCGCAAAGCCCUUCGACCCUCAUUAAGCGCGACCUCAAGUCCUCUGAAAGCGCCGCAAAUGUCUAGCAAUGCGCCUCUUCUGUCGCCUAGCAGACGUCCUAGUGGUGUUCAAUCAUUCACAAAACCACCUCGCAGGUUAUCGAGGAAAAUUGUGCCCAGUGACUUUUUCUUUGGGUCACCUACCAGGAAGGAAACACAGCCAACAGAGCAAGAUCUUUCCAAUACCCCAGAAGGUCAACUGGCCCAGGAGCUAGGAAGCGCAACACGUGAAACGGCCACGGAUGACCCCAUCGACACCGAUCUGGGUGGAUUCAUGGAUGACAAUGAUCUGGAACCGGAACUUCCCCCCACCCCCACACAACUGGGGUUAGAAAAGGCACCAGACCGUCCAAGAGCGCUCUUAAGCAGUAGCCCCAGUUCGAGAUAUGAAAAGAGAAUGAAACGAAAAGCAACCGAUACACUUCAAGGAAGCCCAUUGAAAGGAUUGAGGUUUCAACCUCGAGAUCGUGAAGAAGCGUCAGUCUCGGAUAACAGCUCAAUUGAUGGUGAAUUAUCCGCAGCUGCUCUAGAGAAGCGCAAGCUACGCAAGAGCCUCACAGCGGAGCUGCAACGUUUGAAAGAUGAUGUUGCAGAACUGACGGAAUGGACUGAGAAAAUGGAGUCCAAUACGAAUCUUGACAGUUCGAGAGGACUUGACCAUUUCCUAAGCUUGCUCUCCGAGGAGUCUUCAUAUAUUAACCGCCCUGUUCCACGACAAGCUCCAGUUCCGCUAUCGUCACUUCUUUCCACUCUGCUCCCAUUCUCUAAGAAUAUCUCUCGUCCCGCCCCUCCGUCAUCACCUUUACCUACAAACCCAUUCGCCUUGAAAGAUUCAUCACAGUCGCCAUCAUAUCUCACAGUAUUUGCUCCGCUGGCUCUUCGCACGAACACCAGCCGUACCACUGUUUCAAAGACCAGUACCGUUCUUGAGACACAUACAUUAACGUUCACACCUCCACCCCCAUUCCCUUCUUCACUAUACAAUAUUUCCGUUGUAUAUGAGUCAGAUCCAGAGACACAGUCUGUGAUCGCCGUUUCCGUACCCACUGGUAAUGAAAGCAAGAAGCGAAGAGUACCCACGGUCCUUCGUCGAUGGAUCGACGCUCGCCUCGCCAACCCCCUCUUGAAGCUCGACGUGGCAACACUAUGUUGGGGUAUCAACCGGUACUGGGAAGCCUCGGUGACUCGUGCUCGUAUAUGGUCACGCAUCGAUCACAAGCACGGCAGUGGUGGUAGGAAAAGCAAACUCCCGGAGUCUGGGACUGGAGUUAUUACUCUUUCAGAGCUCCGACGGUUGAUCCCACACCUGGACCGCAGCUCCAUGGUUAUCAGGUCCAAGUCUUCGGGAGGCGAUCCCCGAGUCCUCCUCUCCAAUACUCUGACUAUCGAUGACUGGACUGGAGAGCCGCAACUUCGGCCGGAGCUUAGUGUCUCCCCGUCUGGCUCUAGUGGUGGGCCUGGGAAGAAGAUUGAUCAAGAAGCCAAAAAGCUUUUUCAUGCUCUGUUAAAGGAUGAUACUUUUGAUUCUACACAGAGCAUUGUAGAGGGUGUUCACUUCGAUGCGGUUGUUCGAGCCACGGAAGGUGUUCUUGGUGCCUUGUUCGGUCGUGGCUGA